ACAUUUUAUCCUGUCGAAUAAAAAUUUUUUUUUAUUUCUAUGAGUGUAUUUUUCAUUUCUGUAAACAAAUUCUAGUUAUGAACAUUAAAGAUGUAUAUCUAGAUUACCCAAACAGACGACCAUGCCCGGUACCCAUCGAACAGACCACGCAGGCCCGCCAUUUCCUGAUGGAGUACAUCGAUACGUUCCUUGUGGCUACCUUUGCCGACUUCUUUACCUACCCGCUGGACGUGACCAAGACACGUUUACAUUUGCAGGGCGAGGCCGCGGAGAAGGCUGCCGCUGGCAUACCCAAACGUGGCAUGUUCGGCACACUGUUUGGAAUGAUGCGUGAGGAAGGACCAAGUGGUCUUUACAGUGGCCUGAUAGGAAUGGUUAUCCGAAACCUGUUGUUCAAUGCUCCUCGUGUCGUUAUCUACGACUAUGCACGCCAGCAGCUGAUCUAUAUGGAUGAAAAUGGCAAGGAAGCGUUGCCCAUAAUGCAAGGAUUUCUUGGCGGCUGCCUGGCCGGCUGCCUGUGCCAGGCAAUUGCCAAUCCGCUGGACAUAGUCAAGAUACGCAUGCAAAUGGAGGGCAGACAGCGCUCACUCGGCUAUCCAGAGCGCGUGAGGAAUGUGAUCCAGGCGCUGCAGUCCAUCUAUGCCCAGGGCGGUGCGAAGAGCUUGUGGAAGGGCGUGGUGCCAAGCUGUCUUCGGGCCACGCUCAUGACAGCGGGCGACACGGCCUGCUAUGAUCUUAGCAAGCGCCAAUUUAUAACCCUGCUGGACAUGGAAGAUGGGCGCAUUAUACAGUUCCUGGCAUCAGUAUCCGCCGGCUUGGCGGCCACCAUACUGAGCACGCCAGUCGAUGUGGUCAAGUCGCGCAUCAUGAACCAGCCGUUCAGUGACGAGGGCCAGGGCCUGCGCUACAGGAACGCUUUAGACUGUUACUACAAGCUGAUUACACAGGAGGGCUUCUUUGCCAUGUAUAAGGGCUUUUUGCCCUGCUGGUUACGCCUUGGUCCCUUGUCGAUUAUAUUUUGGUACACGUUCGAGCAAUUACGCCGAGUACAGGGCGAGACCGGAUUCUGAAUGAAUAUACCCCAGAUUUAGGUACAAAUGAUGUACGGUAAAAUGUUUGUAAAAUUG